UUUCUCCUGCCAGCCCCCCUCUGCCUGCUGACCCUGCUGCUGCCACCCCUCGGUCUGGGGGCCCCCAUCUCCCCAGCUGAGCCCAUCAGUCAAGCCUACAGCCUGGCACUCUACAUGCAGAAGAAUACUUCAACACUGCUGCAGACUUAUCUCCAGUGCCAAGGCAGCCCCUUUAGUGAUCCUGGCUUCUCAGCCCCAGAGCUCCAGCUCAGCAGCCUGCCUCCUGCCGCAGUCUCCUUCAAGACCUGGCAUGCGCUGAACGACAGGGAGCGUCUGAGCUGUGCCCAGGGGGCCUUCCUGGCCUUGACCCAGCACCUCCAGCUCGUGGGGGAUGACCAGAGUGACCUGAACCCUGGCAGUCCCAUCCUUCUGGCUCAGCUCGGGGCUGCAAGACUCAGGGCCCAAGGCCUGCUGGGCAACAUGGCUGCCAUCAUGACUGCCCUGGGCCUGCCUAUCCCGCCAGAAGAGGACACUCUUGGGCUUGUCCCCUUCGGGGCCUCGGCCUUCGAGAGGAAAUGUCGAGGUUAUGUAGUAACCCGGGAAUAUGGCCAUUGGACUGACCGAGCUGUGAGGGACUUGGCUCUGCUCAAGGCCAAAUACCCUGGGUAG